AUGUAUGCUUUGAGAAUACUACACUUUGACAUUUAUGUAUAUGUCGAGAUCAACGUUCGAACAUCGAAAUUGAAAUUGCAAUCAGUUCAAUUCGUAUAGUUCCAUUCGAUAAAAUAGAGAACGUGUCAGAGACGCUUGGACGCCAUGAUGGACGGUAUAUGUGAUACUGCUGACAUUUUAAAUAACGUUCCUCCCAAAAAGACAAUUCAUACUGACAAUGUAGACCUCUCUGACAAGUCAUUACAAGUAGAUAUUUCGGAUGCUCUUAGUGAAAAGGAUAAAGUAAAAUUCACUGUACAUACGACAACUACAUUGCCAGAAUUUCAAAAGCCAGAUAACCUAGUUGUAAGGCAACACGAAGAGUUUGUAUGGUUACAUGACCGAUUUGAGGAAAAUGAAGAGUAUGCUGGUUAUAUUAUUCCUCCUUGCCCACCACGACCAGAUUUUGACGCAUCUCGUGAGAAAUUACAAAAACUUGGAGAGGGUGAAGGUAACAUGACACGUGAAGAGUUUAAUAAAAUGAAACAAGAAUUGGAAGCUGAAUACCUGGCGACAUUUAAAAAAACUGUUGCAAUGCACGAGAUGUUUCUAACUAGACUGGCACAUCAUCCAGUUUUUCGUAAUGAUCAUAAUUUAAGAGUGUUCUUGGAAUAUGAUCAGGAUCUUUGUGUAAGAGGAAAAAAUAAAAUGGAAAUGUUUGGUGGUUUGGUAAAGUCAUUUUCUACUACGACAGAUGAAUAUUAUUUGUCUGCAACAGUGAAAGAUGUAAAUGAUUUUUUUGAUCAAGAAAUGUCAUUUUUACAAACCUAUCAUCAUAAUUUAAAAGAAGCAACAGCUCGUUCAGAUCGGCAGACUGCCAAGCACAAAGACGUAGCAGAUUCAUAUAUUAAAAUUUCCACAAAUCUUUUGCAAUUAGCUACAACUGAUACUGGUAAAUUGGAAAGAUUUUUAACAAAAAUAGCAGAAAUGUUCGAGAAGUUAAGGAAAGUAGAGGGACGAGUAGCAUCUGAUGAAGAUUUAAAAUUGUCAGACACUCUGCGUUACUAUAUGAGGGAUACAGCUGCAGCCAAACGGCUUUUGUUUAGAAGAUUAAAAGCUUUACACGCGUAUGAAUCUGCAAACCGUGCUCUUGAAAAAGCUCGUGCCAAAAACAAAGAUGUUCACGCUGCAGUGGAAGUUGCUGAGGCGGAACAAGCUCAAACAGAAGCCUGUGAAAAAUUUGAGCAAAUGUCAGAAAAAGGAAAAGAAGAAUUGACAGAUUUUAAAACGAGGAGAGUAACUGCUUUUAGAAAGAAUCUGAUUGAAUUAACUGAACUUGAAAUAAAACAUGCAAAAGCACACGCGGAAUUGCUCAAAAAGUGUUUAACUGUCUUACGAGAAGAGUGAUCCAAUUUUAUAAUUUUUAUUGUGAAGAUUACUGUGUAAUCUAUAUGAAGAUAACAAUCUAUUUAAAAUUAUAGCAAUGUAAUGGUAUUGUAAAAUAUAUAUUUUUUGUUAUCUAGAUUUA